AUGAUUCCGCCCCGGGCGGCAAUGACCCAGGCUACGCCACUGGUUAAGAGACAGUCUCAAUUCUAUCCAUUUCAAAAUUUGGUUAUAGAUGAGAGUAUGAUUCUUUUUAAAGGAAGACUCAGUUUUAAACAGUAUAUCAAGACCAAGAAACAUCGUUUUGGAAUUAAACUCUACGUGUUGUGUGAUUGCGAAACAGGAAUUGUCUUAGACUUUAUAAUAUAUUGUGGAAAAGACACUAAUAUAAAAGCAGAAGACAAGAAUAAUCUUGGUACUACAGCGGCCGUUGUUGCAAAACUUUUAGAGCCAUACCUCAACAAGGGACAUUCUCUUUAUACGGAUAAUUUUUACACCAGCCCUACACUUUCAACUUUUUUGUUACAACAUAAAACAAACUCCUGUGGAACUGUAAGGCAAAAUAGGAAACAUAUGCCAGUAUUUGAUAAAAAAUUAAAACAAGGAGAUACUGACUGGAGAAGUAGUGAAAAUUUAUUGGCAAUAAAAUGGAAAGAUCGGCGGGAUGUUGUCAUGCUGACCAGUAUGCAUGAAAAAGGAAUGGUUACUUUGCCCAAAAUAAAUCGAUCUACAUAUGAAAAUGUAAUAAAGCCGUUAUGUGUUCUGGAAUACAACCGUCAAAUGGGGGCUGUCGACAGAUCAGAUAUGAUGCUGAGUAGCGUAGAUUGCACUCGAAAAUGUCUGAAAUGGUAUAAGAAGUUAUUUUUCCAUUCGAUUGACAUAACAUUGCUAAACGCACAUGCAAUGUUUUCCACAAGACAUACUAAGAAGACUUCAUUCGCCAAUUUUCAUCUAGCGGUUAUUGCUCAACUUAUAGAAAGGUAUGGCAUAGUAAAAUCUAUACAUUGCGAUUUGGGCAAUGCCAGGCUUCAGAAUAGACACUUUCCGGUGUCAGUUCCACGAAAACCAGGCAGUACUAAGGUUGGAUCCAGAAGAUGUUGGGUUUGUUCCCAUACAAAGCAGAAGCAAGCAAAAAGAAAAGAGUCCAGCUAUAUGUGCCCAGAAUGUGACGUUGGAUUAUGCGUGGUCCCUUGCUUCAAAAUAUAUCACAUAGAGGCUACUUUUUAA